ACGUGACAGAAUUCGCGCCAAUGUUUGUACACACAAAAACAGCUCUUUACGGAGUGUGGUGACUGUUCAUUUCUAGCAUUUUUGUGAUCGAGAAAAUAUCAAAUAAUAGGCAUAGAUUGGCGUGUUAACAGUGGCACUUAUUUAGUAGACAAUGGCACCACGAAAUUACGCUGAUGAUAAAGAAACGGCAAGAACAUUUUUGGCAGAGUUUUACACAGAUGCUGGCAAGAGUGGUGGGAAAGUAUUCAAAUAUGCCAACACACUGACUAAAAUUGCUCAUCGAGAGGAGGUUGCCAUGACAAUUGAACUGGACGAUGUUGCUGAGCAUGAUGGUGAUCUUGCCGAAGCGAUAGCGGACAACACAUGUCGCUAUGUAAAAAUAUUUGCAGAUGCCAUUCAGGAAAUGUUGCCAGACUACAAAGACAAAGAUGCUGUGGUCAAAGACUCCUUAGAUGUUUAUAUCGAACAUCGUCUUUUAAUGGAACAACGCAUUCGUGGUCAGAAUCCAACAGAACAGAGACCUACUAAUAAUCAGUUCCCACCUGAACUGAUGCGUAGAUUUGAGGUCUACUUCAAGGCACCAGCUUUGCAGAAACCAAUGACAAUACGUGAUGUGAAAGCAGAGAAGAUUGGAAAGCUGGUGGCAGUACGUGGUAUUGUCACGCGCACAACCGAAGUAAAACCGAGGAUGACUGUUGCCACGUAUACCUGUGAUCAGUGUGGUGCCGAGACCUAUCAACUGAUAAAUUCACCAACAUUUAUGCCACUUCUUAUGUGCCCAAGUCAGGAUUGUACAACUAACAAAUCUGGAGGCCGACUCUAUCUUCAAACACGUGGUUCCAAGUUCGUCAAAUUUCAAGAAAUCAAGGUGCAAGAAAACAGUGACGAGGUUCCUGUUGGCAACAUUCCAAGAAGCGUGACUAUUCAUGUGCGUGGAGAGACGACACGCAAAUGUCAACCAGGAGACCAUGUUGGCAUCACAGGUGUCUUUUUGCCAAUGCUAAAGGUUGGAUUCAGCCAGAUUUCACAAGGUCUCCUCUCAGAGACAUACAUAGAUGCCCAUAGCAUUGAAAAGUUGAACAAGACAACAGAAGGAGAAGAUGAUACACCUGAGCUAACUGAAGAUGAAAUUGCUCAAAUUGCUGAGGAUGAUUUUUAUGAGAAAUUAGCUUCAUCCAUUGCACCAGAGAUCUACGGCCAUGAGGAUGUAAAGAAAGCUUUGUUGUUGCUACUAGUUGGUGGUGUUGACCAAUCACCACAAGGAAUGAAGAUCAGAGGAAAUAUAAACAUUUGUUUGAUGGGGGAUCCUGGUGUUGCGAAGAGUCAGCUGCUUGGAUACAUCGAUAGACUGGCACCACGAAGCCAGUACACGACAGGUCGGGGGUCAUCUGGUGUCGGUCUUACUGCAGCCAUUAUGAAGGACUCUGUCACUGGUGAGAUGGUUCUAGAGGGCGGUGCACUGGUUUUGGCUGAUCAGGGUGUGUGUUGCAUUGAUGAGUUUGAUAAGAUGAUGGAAGCAGACCGUACAGCUAUCCAUGAAGUCAUGGAACAACAGACUAUUUCCAUUGCAAAGGCUGGCAUCAUGACGUCUCUAAAUGCUCGCGUGUCAAUUUUAGCAGCUGCUAAUCCCGCCUACGGCCGCUACAAUCCAAAGAAGUCCAUCGAACACAACAUUCAGCUGCCCGCUGCAUUGCUCUCAAGGUUUGACCUUUUGUGGCUUAUUCAAGAUAAACCAGACCGAGAGAAUGAUCUGAGGCUAGCCCAGCAUAUUACAUAUGUACAUCAACACAAACAGCAGCCACCUUCGCAGUUCACUCCCCUGGAUAUGAGUCUGAUGAGGCGAUACAUAGCAUUGUGUAAGAAGAAGAAGUCAGUUAUUCCAGAAGCUCUCAGUGAAUACAUUACAGGUGCCUAUGUUGAAAUGAGGAAAGAAGCGCGAAGCAACAGCAAAGACACAACAUUUACAUCCCCAAGAACGCUACUAGCAAUACUACGACUUGCCACAGCUCUGGCAAGACUACGAUUAGUUGACGUUGUUGAGAAGGAAGAUGUUAACGAAGCAAUGCGAUUGAUGGAAAUGUCAAAGGACUCUCUUACUGGUCAACAGGACACAACUGCAAGGAGGCAGAGGUCAGAAGACGUCAUCUUCGGCAUUCUCCGUGAUAUGGCAACCGAGAAGAAGACAAAGAGAAUCAAGUACACAGAUGCCAGCGCUUCAUGUCUUGCUAAAGGUUUCACGCCAGAUCAAUUUGAAGAAGCUUUGGAAGCUUACGAGGAACUUAACAUCUGGCAGAUAAACAAUGCGAAAACUACGAUCACAUUUGUUUAAGGAUGAAAUCAACAUGAACUAAUUUAUUACUUUUUGACUGAUAAUAACACUGUAAUUAUAACUUGUUCAUUUACGUCUCUUUAGGAGGAGAAUAAUUGUGUCAUAGGUUAGUUUUAUCAGCUUAAAACCAUGCAUCAAUAUUAUCACAAACAGAUUCAAAUGACUAAAAAUAUUUUGAUAUGCUGAUAGUACAUGUUAAUGUAAAAGAAUAUAAAAAGGUUAAAAUGGAACAUUAUUCAAAAUAUC